AUGGAAGCACUUGAACUCUGUCGCGCCCACAGAGAAGCUCUUCUCAUUGCCGUGGGCAUUUUAUCGGGCGUCGUUAUUCAUGUCACCAUCUUCAUCAAGAGUGAAUGGCACCUCCAAGCCCCUCACAUAUUCCUUCAAUUUUGUGCUCUAUAUAUCGCAUCUCCUAUAUUAGCGAAUAUUUUGCAAGCCUCUCUGGCGGGAGAUAUUUUCCACGGAAUCACAACUUGGGCCUAUGGAUACCUAGCAGGCCUAGUGACUAGCAUUCUGGUGUACCGAACUAUUUUACAUCCGUUGACCACAGCUGGCUAUCCGGGGCCUUGGUAUGCAAAAGUUUCCAAAAUAUGGCAUGUUUGGGCAGCCAGAAACUCGAAAAACCACCUUGUGCUUGACGAGCUACACAAAAAGUAUGGCGCAUUUGUGAGGACAGGCCCAGCCGAGAUCACGGUUUUCCAUCCAGACGUCUUCAUGGCAGUUGAUGGGCCACGCUCUGAAUGUGCUAAGGCGGAAUGGUAUGACAUUAUACAUCCGAGCAUGUCGCUUGUCACAACGCGGUAUAAACCACUACAUGCGGCACGUCGCCGCGAAUGGAACAGCGGUUUCACAACAAAAGCGCUUUUGGAGCAUGAAGCCAAAAUCCUCAAGUAUGUCGAUAAGCUUGACCAGUGCAUCGAGGCAGAUGCCAAAUCGGGGAAGAUAACAGACAUGCGAAACCUUCUCCUCUGGUUCGGCUUUGACAUCAUGGGCGAGUUUGUUUUCAGCAAAUCCUUUGGCAUGCUAGAGACCCAGAAAUGGCACCACAUCAUUGUUCGCUUACAGCGUGCUCUUUCUCUGUUGGGCCCAAUGACUCCAUUGCCAUGGCUCGUACAUAUCGCUUUCGACCUUGCUCCGCGGGUCAGUGUCCUGAAAGACUGGUUUGACAUCAUAGCAUGGUGCCAGUCACAAAUGAGGGACAGACUUAUAAAUGGCAGCUCUAACCAGUCGCAAGAUCUGGCGUACUACCUGAUGGAGAAAGACGCCGAAGGCCGAGAUGCUUUCGAAAGCGAAAAGUUUCUUUGGGCAGCAGGAGAUAGCUUACUAGCCAUUGUGGCUGGAAGUGAGCCCACUGCAGUUGCUCUAAUUGCCGUACUCUGUGAGCUCGGCAAACACCCAGAGCACACAGAUCAGAUCUACGAAGAACUUAAGGAUGUAGAUGCCUUAGAUCUCAAGACCCUUGUCACCCUUCCGCAUCUCAAUGCCGUCAUCAAAGAAUCACUACGUCUGCAUCCCGCGCUUCUAACAGGCGGCAACCGAAAGACUUCUGACACCGGCCUUACCAUCGGUGGAAGGUUUAUCCCUCCUCACACCACCAUCGUUGCUCCCCGAUAUACGAUUGGAAGACUCGAGGACUGUUUUGAGCAGGCCUCGGAGUUCAUCCCUGAGCGCUGGACCACUCGUCCCGAAUUGGUUCUUAACCCGGCGGCCUAUGCACCGUUUGGCACUGGCCACCACAGUUGCCUUGGGAAAACCCUGGCUUUGGACACUAUGAAGUUCGUGUUGGCAAGGAUCUUGAAGAACUAUCGAUUCCGGCCUGCACCAGGGGAUAAUAGCCUGAGCGCCCUGGAAACGGUGAAAGAUCAAUUUACAUCUAACCCAGGCAUCUUGAAAUUACAAUUUGAGAUUAGAACUAGCACUACAUAG